UUGAAUUAAGGUUCCCUUUUACAAAUUCAAACUCAUCCAAGGAGUUAAACAAAAGCCCAGUUCAAAAUAUAACGCGCCGUGGACUUGUUUGGUUUUAUUUCCCUUUGAUUUCAAAAGGCUGCAAGUAGAUGAUCUUCCCGGCAGGUCGUUGAAGGUACUAAUGAGGUAUCUUUGCAACAGGGGCUUAACUCCUGCCAGAGAUGUGGAUGGAGCUUUCCUCCCUGUCUACCAACUGCUCACUCGGAGGGCUGUCGUCUCACUGUUUGCACUGUGAUCAGUGGCUCUUAGCUGGGAACUGAAUUUCAGAUUAACUGUUGUUCAAUAGACCAGAGAGAAGGAGAGAGGGAGCGAGAGAGAGACAGACAGGCAGACUGAGAAAAACAAGAGACUCUCCUUCACCAGCGAACUGCAGGAGUUCAACAUUAGCUCUAAGUAGCCUCAAUGCCCAGCUGAAGCUUUGGAUUAACAGCUGAACACAGGCUUAACACGCCCAUGAAUCGCUGCUUGGAUUUAUUUAUGGGUUCAGCCAAUGAUGUGAUUUACCGUCUUUGCCUCCAGCACAUUGCAACAGCAGAUCUAGAGCUCUGGCAGCUCUCCAAGGCUCUUCACACACACAAAGCGAAAAGGGCUUCCAGGAGGCUGUCCUGAGUGGUGGACUAUUUCUUGGAGCUGCACAUUGCUGCCUUUGUUGUGCUGCAACUCCCAGAGCUUGAUCAAUCUGCUCUUCACCAGCAGAAGGCAGCACCUUUGACCAUACAACACCUCCACCAACCCCAAGCUUUGGAUGAAAGUCUCCAUGGAGUUGCACUUAAUGGUUGGACUGUGGGGUUACUUUCUGAUGGGACAGGUGCUGAUGUGGGCCAGUGCACAUAGCGGGAAGGUGAAACAGUUAGAGGGUGUUGCCGUUCACCCCGAAAAUGGCACCAAGGUCUCCCCUUCAGACAAUGCCCUGGAGUCCACAGAGGUUCCCCUGAACUCAGACAGGUGUCGAGGCUACUAUGAUGUGAUGGGACAGUGGGACCCGCCAUUCAACUGCAAUGCAGGAACCUAUCUUUAUUGCUGUGGGACAUGCGGCUACAGGUUCUGUUGUGAGUUCAAGCACGACCGCUUAGACCAGAGCACCUGCAGUAACUAUGACACGCCGAACUGGGCCAACACGGGAAAACCUCCCGUCAAGGUGGAUGACAACGUUGAAGACCCAGCCAAGGACAAAACCAAUAUGAUUGUUUACAUCAUCUGUGGUGUCGUGGCCAUCAUGGUGCUGGUGGGGAUCUUCACCAAGCUUGGCUUGGAGAAGGCCAGAGGUCCUCAAACAGAGAUGAACAUGUCCAGAGCCCUCACUGAUCUCCUGAAGCAGCAAGGCAACCCCACCAUGGAUUGCAUCGAGCGUGAUGGGAGUGUCGGAGCAGUGCAGGUGCCCAUCACUGACAGUCUGUCACCGAGAUCAUCGAGGAACAGCGCUGACCAGCCUCACCUGAACAACGCCAACGUCUCCUCGCCCGUGCUCUCCCAGAUGGGGCUGCCUCACCCCCACAGCAACGUGCUCCAGCGGGUGGCCAGCGCCCCCCUCCACUCCACUGACUACAACAAGUACGCAACACUGAAGGCAGUGGCAGAGACAGCCGCGGACGAGUUUUACUCCAAGCGAUACCCGGUGAUGGAGCUGCCGGUAUCAGGCGCCGUCUUCCCCACGGUCAAGGACAGGCAGCCGGGGGAGCCGUGUGCUUUCCUGGCGGCCACACCGAGGCAGAAGACCAAAGUCAGCAAAACGAACACGCACCCUCUGUUCAGCUCGGGCUACAAGGGAUGGGAGCAGGGGCAGCCCCUGGGCCAGAGGCAGGCGUACGCCAGCAAGAGGCAAUACAGCAUCGAGCACCUGCCCGAGAUCUUCAGCCCACCGCUGCACUACAAGCAGCCGCAGCGACACCUGUCCACCAACAGCAAGACGGAAGUCACUGUGUAGCUGCCUCGUGCCAGAGCCAGUCUGUUGUCCCAAAGGCCACAACAAAGAGCAAA